AAAGCGGGAGAAACAAAUAAUUUUGCAAAAGGAUAAGAAAUAAUUAAUAAAUAAAAAUGUUGCAACCACCCAAUAACUCGCAACAGCCAGAGGGAUUUAGCGAAAGUUCUGGCGCUACUGGAGGUAGACCAUUUCAUUCCCAUUGGUAUGGCUACUCAAAAAAAAGUGAAAAGGGAAAAACUAUUGCUCAAUGCAUAAAAUGCAAGCAAUUUAUUCGAAACACGGCUAUUAAAAGAAUGCAAUUACAUCGGAAAAAAUGCCACCUUGAUCCGGAUGACGAAGACUCUGAAGCUCGUAUUGCAGAAUCGGAUGCAUCUUCUCCAACGACAUCAAACACCCAAACAAAAAUUAAACAUUUUUUUCGUAAAGUAACAAAGACUGAUAAAGAAAGACUUGAUAUUUGGGCCGCCAGGUUUUUUUCGCUUGCAAUGUACCUUUUGUUGCAGCAAGCAAUAAAUACUUUAAGGAAUUUUGUAACGCAAUGCAACCAACUCAUAAACCACCAAGCAGAAAAAGAUUUGCUGGUCCACUCUUGGAUGCUGUGCACAAAGAACAAAUUGAUUUAA